UGAGGGUGUGGACGUUCCCCCCUGCAUUCAACCCGCUGGAGACAAGAUACACCGCUGCUAUUAACUUAUGUCCGUCUGAACUCUUAUUACUCUGAAACGGGCGAACACACCGGGUUUGCUGUAGAGCUGUUGAGCAUCUCUGACACUCUUUGUCCCAGAUGAGGGACUGAUGCUGGCCAGGACUUUGCUGAACCCUUUGGGCCAGCCUCUCGCUACAGUUUAGUUCUGCAUCUACUCUGAAGUGGUGGCACCUUUCAGAGGAAAAACACAGCAGCUGAAAUGGAUGACAUCUUUACACAGUGCCGAGAAGGCAACGCAGUCGCAGUACGAUUAUGGUUGGACAAUACAGAGAACGACCUCAACCAAGGAGAUGACCACGGCUUCAGCCCCCUGCACUGGGCAUGCAGGGAGGGCCGCUCCAGCGUGGUGGACAUGCUCAUCAUGAGAGGAGCUCGCAUUAAUGUCAUGAACCGUGGCGACGACACGCCGCUCCACUUGGCCGCCAGCCACGGACACCGGGAAAUCGUUGGGAAGCUCAUCCAGUGCAAGGCAGACACAAACGCAGCCAAUGAACAUGGAAACACACCACUGCAUUAUGCCUGCUUCUGGGGCCAGGACGAAGUGGCUGAGGACCUUGUGACUAAUGGGGCACAGGUGAGCAUCUGUAACAAAUAUGGGGAAACUCCCUUGGACAAAGGCAAACCUCACCUACGUGAACUCCUCAGAGAAAGAGCUGAGAAAUUGGGACAGAACAUGACUAAAAUCCCCUUCAAGGAUACAUUCUGGAAAGGCACCACCAGAACUCGACCCCGCAACGGCACUUUGAACAAACUUGCUGGCGUCGACUACAAACAGCUCUCCCUCCUUGCUAAAAUUAAUGAGAACCAAUCAGGAGAGCUGUGGCAAGGACGCUGGCAGGGGAAUGAUGUUGUCGUGAAGGUGCUUAAAGUUCGAGACUGGACCACGAGGAAAAGCAGAGACUUUAAUGAGGAGUAUCCCAAACUCAGGAUAUUUUCCCACCCGAAUGUUCUACCCAUGUUGGGAGCAUGUCAGGCUCCUCCCGCCCCUCACCCCAUCAUCAUCACACACGCGAUGCCUUAUGGCUCCCUCUACAACGUGCUGCAUGAAGGCACCAACUUUGUGGUGGACCACACACAGGCAGUGAAGUUUGCGUUGGACAUUGCUUGUGGAAUGGCUUUCUUACACACACUUGAACCCAUGAUCCCUCGCCACUAUCUCAACAGCAAGAGCGUUAUGAUAGAUGAAGACAUGACAGCCAGGAUCAGCAUGUCAGACGUCAAGUUCUCCUUCCAGUGUCCCGGCAGGAUGUACUCGCCUGCGUGGGUCGCCCCCGAGGCCCUGCAGAAGAAACCAGAGGAUAUUAACCGUCGCUCAGCAGACAUGUGGAGCUUUGCUAUCCUGCUGUGGGAGCUGGUGACCAGGGAAGUUCCCUUUGCUGACCUGUCCAACAUGGAAAUAGGCAUGAAGAUUGCCUUGGAGGGUUUGAGGCCCACAAUCCCGCCCGGCAUCUCCCCCCACAUUUGCAAGCUGAUGAAGAUUUGCAUGAACGAAGAUCCUGCCAAGAGACCUAAGUUUGACAUGAUUGUGCCCAUUCUGGAAAAAAUGCAGGACAAGUGAAAAGUUCAGUCGGUGUGUGUACUGAACACGAUCAUUACUGGAUAUCUUCCCACAGAUGUAUCACUCUUGAUAUGGUGGUGUGGUGCUUACCAGUAUUGCCUUAAACGCCUUCAUCUAACGUCGCAUUCAACGCCACUAUAGCUUCUGAGAUGCAAUCUCUUCUUUUAUAUCUUCCUUUUUUGUUGUUGUUGUAAUGUCAAGUUUUUAUUCCUCGUCCUCGUCCUCGUCUUUGUCCCCGAUCUGCUGACGCAUCUUUUAAUCUGUCAUCAAGUGGACUGAGUACAAUCUUAUUUAAGCGACUGAACGACAAUCGGAGUGUUUUCUUCAGUUGAUUUCAGGCCACAUUUUUAUCUUGAAAAAAGCCGUCCUCUUAAGUUUGGCUGAAUGAUUUGGGCAAUAUCUAUCUAUCUAUUUUAUUUUUUUGUAAACAAUCUGCAUAAAUAUACCAUUAAUCUACAAAAUACUUAACUCUAAUGCAACGGCGAGAAUUUAUUGCAGUUUUUUUGAAAUUGGCGUUAAGCAAAACAAUCAAAAAACAACAAUUAAAUGUAAGCAUUUGUGGAUUUGCUAAUUGCGAUGUUUCAAAAAUGUGUGUUUUCCACUUAAAAAACGAUGAAUUGUUCAGCUCGACUCCUAACACAACUGCUCCUUCUUA